AUGGAACUUGAUAGGUGUUUGGAACUGCUCUAUGUGGGCCAGCUUUUACCCGAAGCGACUUUGAAAGCUCUAUGUUUUAAACUCAAGGAAAAACUGGUCAAGGAAUCCAAUGUUGUCCAUAUAUCCACACCAGUAACCGUUGUGGGAGACCUACAUGGGCAGUUCCACGAUCUUUUGGAGAUCUUUCAGAUAGGAGGUGCAGUGCCCAACACAAACUAUCUUUUUCUAGGCGAUUACGUGGAUCGAGGCCUGUAUAGCGUGGAGACAAUUUCGCUGUUGAUCGUGCUGAAACUGCGAUAUCCCAGUAGGGUUCAUCUUUUGCGAGGAAACCAUGAAUCGCGCCAGAUCACUCAAAGCUAUGGCUUUUACUCGGAGUGCUUAAAUAAAUACGGUGGCGGAAGUGGGGUGUGGCAGUGUUUCACGGAUCUUUUCGACUAUUUGGUGCUGUGCUGCAUCAUCGACAAUGAGCUCUUCUGUGUGCACGGUGGACUCUCGCCUAAUGUGCAAACCAUAGAUCAAAUCCGAAUUAUUGAUAGAUUUCGGGAAAUACCGCAUGACGGUGCGAUGGCAGACUUGGUAUGGUCGGACCCAGAGGAUUCGUCAGCAUCGGACUCCAACGACGGUCGUUCCACCGCUUCUACAACUCACUUCCAGGUCUCGCCGCGUGGAGCGGGCUUUACGUUUGGACGCAGCGUCGUGGAAAAGUUUCUGCAACUUAAUGGGAUGUCGCGAAUCUACCGAGCCCAUCAACUUUGCAACGAAGGCUACCAGGUUUACUUUGGCGGGCUUGUAACUACUGUGUGGUCUGCUCCCAACUACUGCUACCGGUGCGGCAACAAAGCUUCAAUCCUUGAACUUUAUGACAAAGAUCAUAGUUUCUUCAAUGUCUUCGAAGAAGCUCCCGAAAACAAGCUGUUGAACAGCAAUUCGGCUACGGCGACCGGAGGUUUCCUUCAUGAAUAUUUUGACGAUAGUGUGGGGACCGCGGACAUAUUCUCUGAUGAGUAUCAGGUAGCUUCGGCUUCGAAACGACAUGUGGAAUAUUUCCUGUAA